GUGGUCUGCGCUGAGCUGCACUCCUGUCCGGGCGUAUCUGGGGAUCCUCAAAGAAAGCAGAGGGACCAAGGCGGGGGCUGCCGGGGUGAAGGCCCGGGCGUCUGAGUAAGGGGGACGGAAGCCCCCAGGCCAUGGAAAGGAAUGAUGUAAUCGACUUCAAGGUUUUGGAGAAAGAGCUGCAGGCUGCGCUCGCUGCCGAUGAGAAGUACAAAAGGGAGAAUGCCGCCAAGUUGCGCGCGGUGGAGCAGAGGGUGGCUUCCUAUGAGGAGUUCAGGGGUAUCAUCCUUGCAUCACAUCUGAAGCCACUGGAGCGGAAGGACAAGGCAGGAGGAAAGAGGUCUGUGCCCUGGAACUGUCACACUACUCAGGGAAGAACUUCCCAGGAUGUGGCCACUGAAAUCUCCCAGAGCAGACCAACUCUGGACUCUCCCUCCUCCUUUGUUACCCAGGAGAAAUCACCCCUUGAGCCCCAGACCUCGGCAGAGUUCUACCGUGAUUGGCGGCGACACUUGCGGAGUGGGCCGGAGCGCUAUCAGGCCCUGCUGCAGCUUGGGGGUCUGAAGUUGGGCCACCUCUUCCAGACAGACGUGGGUUUUGGACUUCUGGGGGAGCUGCUGGUGGCAUUGGCUGACCAUGUGAGGCCGGCCGACCGGGCAGCGGUGCUGGGCAUCCUGCGCAGCCUGGCGGGCACCGGGCGCUUCCCCCUGAAUCUGAGCCUGCUGAGCCAGGAGGAGAGAGAGAGCUGCAAGCGCUUGUUCCGGAAGCUGCAGGCCCUGGGCGCCCCCAGGCCCGCAGAGGAGCAGGGCCUGGAGGCGCAGACUGGUGAGCUCCGAGUGGAAGAUGGGGCCCUGCAGGAGUUGCUAGCGCUAUACCAGGUUGACUGACAGGCCCGCCCACUGCAGAGGCCCCGGCAGUCAUGGGAGAUCAUGUUUUGGUUGUUGACUUAAGGGUUCUGCAGAACUGUGAUGAGAACUGUCGGGAGCGGAUGUGAUGUGGGGAACAGACGGGCACCGUCACUGUAGCAGGCCUUGAGUAAAGGCCCAAGCGAAGGCAAGGUCUCGCUUAAUGGCUUAAUGGCUCCAAGCUAGUAGACAAGGUCUUGCUUGGCAACUCUGCAUCUUAGCCAAAGGCGAGGGAUGCAGCCUGCUCCAUGAAACGGUUUCAGAUGUCCACACAUCCAGAUGCACAUAGCAUAAAGCCUUAGCCACAACAAGAUAAACCAUGAAACAACUGGCCUUUAGGUAACAACAAAUUCCGUUAUGGCUCCCUCACAGACCUGAAUCCCUUCCAACUUUCUUUGUGCUUAAUUG